AUGCUUAUAGGAAUUUCUGGAACUCCUUUCUCGGGAAAAACGGAGAUAAUCAAGUAUCUCCAGAAACUGGGCUUUGAAUUCGUGGAUUUCAAGGCCAAGCACGAGACUAAGGACAAGCUGCAUAACAACGCUCAUACUCUCGCUAGAGACACCGUUUUUUCGACAAUUGAAGAGCUAAUGGAUCAUGUGACGUUAAAUUGGAGGAAAAACUUCGUGAUGGUCAGUAUCAAGGGUUUGAACGAUCUGGAGCUCUUGGCAAAAAGGCCGUUCUUCCUACACAUCUCUAUUGAUGCUCCUUCGAAAACGAGGUAUUCUAGGUAUCUGGCUCAAAAGGGCGAGAGUACAUUUGAGGAUUUCAUGGAAAAGUCAGAUAACGAGACGUUUCUGACCGAGCUCAGCCAAGUCAUGGAAAGAAGCCAGAUCAAGCUGAUCAACAAUGGCGUUCUGCUGAAACAACUGAACGAUCGACUUGAUGCGUUGAAUUUGACAGACAUAACCAGACUGAGACCCUCGUGGGAUUCAUAUUUCAUGAAAUUGGCAGAUUUGGCGGCACUUCGGUCCAAUUGUAUGAAGAGAAGAGUGGGAUGCGUCAUCAUGAGAGAGUCCAGAGUGAUAGCUACGGGCUAUAACGGCACACCAAGACAUAUGACCAAUUGUAACGAGGGAGGAUGUAGUCGAUGCAACACGAAUUCUACCGGAUUAUCGACUUGUCUGUGUCUGCAUGCGGAGGAAAACGCUCUUCUCGAGUCUGGCAGGGACCGCAUUGGAACGAAUGCCACUCUGUACUGCAAUACUUGCCCAUGCCUCACGUGCUCUAUCAAGAUUGUACAGAGCGGUAUAAAGGAAGUGGUUUAUUCACAGAGCUACAACAUGGACGAGUUGUCAGCUGCUGUUUUCAAAGAGGCUGGGGUUCAAUUGCGUCAGUUCACCCCGCCAACUACAGGUACAUUUGUAUUAUGA